UGAGCUUCCGGGGUCUGUAGCUGGAGAGGAGGAAGAGCAGGAUCAGCUGAACUACAGAAGAAAUUAAAAUAUUUUCCUGAAAUUCAUCACCAACAACCAGGAUAUUUAACUAAGAGCAAAGUUAAACUGCUGAAAGAGGUGAAGCAGAAGCCAUCCUGAAGAAUCUCCAGAACACGCAGAAAUUGUUUGCUACAUUUAAAAGACAAAUGAAGCCAAGUCCCGACAUGGAGAAACAUCAGCACUCUGUCAAGAGUUUUACUAAACAGAGUAAUCUCAAAAAACACCAGCGCAUUCACACAGGAGAGAAACCGUAUCACUGCUCAGACUGUGGGAAGAGUUUUAAUCAACAGAGUAAUCUCAAAAGUCACCAGCGCAUUCACACAGGAGAGAAACCGUAUCACUGCUCAGACUGUGGGAAGAGUUUUAAUCUACAGAGUAAUCUCAAAAGUCACCAGCGCAUUCACACAGGAGAGAAACCGCAUUACUGCUCAGACUGUGGGAAGACUUUUACUCAACAGAGUGAUCUCAAACGACACCAGCGCAUUCACACAGGAGAGAAACCGUAUUACUGCUCAGACUGUGGGAAGAGUUUUAAUCAACAGAGUCAUUUUAAAAAUCACCAGCGCAUUCACACAGGAGAGAAACCGUAUUACUGUUUCGACUGUGGGAAAAGUUUUACUAAACAGAGUAAUCUCAAAAUACACCAGCGCAUUCACACAGGAGAGAAACCGUAUCACUGCUCAGACUGUGGGAAGAGUUUUAAUCUACAGAGUAAUCUCAAAAGUCACCAGCGCAUUCACACAGGAGAGAAACCGUAUUACUGCUUAGACUGUGGGAAGAGUUUUACUGUGCAGAGUAAUCUCAAAAGUCACCAGCGCAUUCACACAGGAGAGAAACCGCAUUACUGCUCAGACUGUGGGAAGACUUUUACUCAACAGAGUGAUCUCAAACGACACCAGCGCAUUCACACAAGAGAGAAACCGUAUCACUGCUCAGAGUGUGGGCAGAGUUUUAAUCAACAGAGUCAUUUAAAAAAACACCAGCGCAUUCACACAGGAGAGAAAACUAUCCCAAAUUUGUCCCACGGCAAUUAAAAGUGCAAAUCGUAAAUCUUUCAGACAGAACACCUUAUCCUACACAAAUGUUUUACCUUGUCAUUUGGGAUACGUUCCACCAGAAACAAACAUGAACUGAAUUUAACAAUGGAUUUUACAGGUUCAGCAAAAUGAAUUUUAUCCAGGGAUGAUGUUUAUUGAAUUCCAUGUUAUGUUUUCUUGUAUGUUUGAUAUUCCAGGACAUUCUUCGUGAGACACAGCUCAGUUUUUAGGGUAGUUACGUUAUGAGUUUAGUUCUGAAGAAGGGAAGGUCGUUUAAGUUAGAGUGAGGGCACUGCCAGUGCUUGCACCAGAUGUUAGGUUAGCAUAACUUAGUCUUUAAAAUUCAGAUGUUGUAGUCGUUAGUAGUAGAGUAGGAUUCUUAGCUUGCAUCCAAGCGUUUUGGAUCAAAUCUUAAGUGCUUAUGCUUAGAAGGUUUUAAAAGCAUUUAAUCGCUUUUCUAGUAUAUGCAGAUUUAAUUAUUUCCAUUAAUUUCCAGUAUCUCUGUUUUCACUCUGUAAAAGCCGUGCUUAGUUUCCCAAGCUUAGCAUAGUUUAGCUUAAUGCUAAUAACCACCAGGCCCAUCCAUAUAAAAAGGAGAAGGGGAAAACACCAACUUAGCCACUCCAGAGAGAGUGAUCACAAAAGUGAGACCCAGAGCUACAGAGAGACGACACUGUGCCGGGUACUGUCAUGUAGACCAGAGAGGAGCAUCCAGACCCGCAGAGAGACCAAAAAAUCCUUUCCAGAGGUUAAAUAAAACACUCCAGCUGUAGUUCCCAUACUGAAAUCAACCCAAAUCAGGCUUGUGUAGCGCAGUAAGGUUGCAGACUCAUUCACUCCCUCUGCUGGUGUUCUCAUUGGUCUAUGGUUCAGUCUGAUUAAAAAUCUGUUACCAAAGAGGGAUAUAGAGGUAUAUUUGGUUGUUGUGUUACUCAAGCUAUAUACUCUUAUCCUUUUCUUAUUGGAUGUCAUAUCUUGCUUAAUGUUUUUUUUUUUGUGAUUUUCAAAGUUUCUAAGAACAUUCAAAUUAUUUAGUUUCCUCUUCUUUU